AGACAGCUGAAAGCAUAAGCUUCUUCUGGGUGCAUCAUCACCUUCUGCUUUAUUCAAGUACAUAAGGCAUCAAGCAUGGAGAACAUCACUGGAGUCUAUGCAAAUGAAACCGAUUGCAGGGAAGUCCAGAUCCCUAAUGAAAUCUUCUUCACCAUCGCUAUGGUGAGCCUGGGAGAAAAUCUGCUGGUGGUGGUGGCCGUCAUACGGAAUAAGAACCUUCACUCCCCCAUGUACUGCUUCAUCUGCAGUCUGGCUCUCUUCAACACCAUCUCCAGCCUAUCCAAGACAUGGGAAAAUAUCAUGCUAGUCUUCACCAACACAGGCCACCUCAAUUCACGGGGGGAUUCAGUGCUCAAGGUGGAUGACGUGAUGGACUCCUUGCUCUGCAUGUCGUUCAUUGGGUCUAUCUUCAGCUUCCUGGCCAUCGCGGUGGACCGCUAUGUCACCAUCUUUCAUGCCCUGAGGUACCACAACAUCAUGACCAUGAAGCGAGCCAAGGCCAUCCUUUCAGCCAUCUGGGCAUUCUGUGGCUGCACCGGUGUGGUCAUGGUAGUGUUCUUCCACAAUGUUGCCAUCAUGAUGUGCUUCAUCAUCCUCUUUGUGUUUGCUCUGGUCCUCAUCCUCUUCCUUUAUGUUCACAUGUUUCUUCUGGCCAGACAUCAUGCCAGGAAGAUUGCCUCCCUGCCAGGAAGUACCAAGCAUCACAAUCUGAGGGGAGCACUGACCCUCACCAUCCUAUUUGGGGUCUUUAUUGCAUGUUGGUCUCCAUUUUUCCUCCACCUGCUCAUCAUCAUGGUAUGCCCUCAGAACCCAUACUGUGAGUGUUAUCGAUCCCUCUUCCAAAUCCAUGUCAUUCUCCUGAUGAGCCACGCUGUCAUUGACCCAGCCAUUUAUGCCUUUCGGAGUGCAGAGCUCCGAAGCACCUUCAGGAAGAUGUUCCUCUGCUCAGACUCCAGGCUGUGCCAUUAA